AGUAAAAUUAAAAAAAAAAAAAAAAACCUCCGUCCUGCCUCGGUGCUUCCCUUAUCCCUGGACUCGACCCUUCCAAAACAUGGCCAAAUUCAUUACUUCACCCAAAAUGUUGAGACUGAAACCCAGGCUAACGCCAAUUCUCUCGCUUCCUUCAUCUCAUUUCCUUCACCCUCACUUCCCAAAACCAAGAUUCUUUUCCAUUGCUUCGCUUCCCAAAACUCUCCCAACAUCUUCUUAUUCCCUUCCUCCUAAACCUGUUCCUUCACUUAAUACUGCCGCGACUAUCAAUAAUGAUAAACUCGACCCUCGCUUUCUAUCUUGCUGUAGGCCUCACAAACGCCUUAAAGUGGCCGUUCUGCUUAGCGGCGGCGUCGAUAGCAGUGUCGCCCUUCGUCUCCUUCAUGCUGCUGGUCACUCAUGCACUGCUUUCUACCUCAAAAUUUGGUUCCAAGAAGACUUUGAGAACUACUGGACAAAAUGCCCUUGGGAAGAUGAUUUGAAGUAUGCAAGGGCUGUUUGUGAUCAGGUUGAGGUGCCUUUAGAAGUCGUGCAUCUAACAGAUGAAUAUUGGAAUAAUGUGGUUUCCUACAUUAUUGAGGAGUACCGAUGUGGACGCACUCCAAAUCCUGAUGUUCUUUGCAAUACGAGAAUAAAAUUUGGUGCAUUCAUGGACGCCAUCUACAGUUUGGAUUAUGACUAUAUUGCAUCUGGGCAUUAUGCAAACGUUGUUCACCCUUCUGCUGAUCAAAGCAAUAAGGCUUCUAUCUUAGAACUGUCAAAGGACAUGGUCAAGGAUCAAACAUACUUCCUUUCACAUCUCUCGCAGUUCCAGCUCAAAAGACUUAUUUUCCCACUUGGAUGUCUCUCAAAGGAUGAAGUUCGCCAACUUGCUGCUAAGUUUGACUUGCCCAACAAAGAUAGGAAGGAUUCACAAGGAAUUUGCUUUCUUGGGAAGAUAAGGUUUAGUGAUUUUGUCGCUAGGCACAUUGGGGAGAUGGAAGGUAUCAUAUUAGAAGCUGAGACAGGAGACUUCCUUGGGAAACAUAGGGGGUUCUGGUUCUACACAAUUGGUCAACGCCAAGGCUUACGUCUCCCUGGAGGACCUUGGUAUGUUGUUCAGAAGAAUGUAAAAAAUAAUGUUGUAUUUGUAUCAAGAAAUUAUUUCUCAUUGGACAAAAGAAGGCGAGUGUUUCGUGUUGGUUCUUUGAAGUGGUUUAGUGGGUCACCUCCAAACCAUGUUGGUCAGCUCCAAUGCAAGGUCAGACAUGGUCCUGGCUUUUAUAAAUGCAGCUAUGAAAUGGUGCAUGGUGAAGAUGGGAAGGACGAUGUUGCAGUUGUUAACUUAUCUGAAGAUGACCAAGGUCUUGCCGCUGGGCAGUUUACAGCCUUCUAUGAGGGACAAACCUGCAUUGGUUCUGGUGUAAUUUUGGAGUCCUGGGAUGAUCAAGGUUUUCCUCUUUGUGCAAAGGCUCUUGAGAUUGCAAAAAUGGAAGAUAAAUCGAAACUUGGGAAACCAGUUAAGAUCAUGACGAAACCAGAAACUAUUCCAGAAAAAUCUGUUCACAAUGAUAACACUGAACUUACCCCAACCUUAUGAGUGCUUGAAUUUCUCUCUCGGAUAAAUGAGAAGGUGCAUUCAAAGAUAUGGUGCAAUGACCUUGGUUUCAGCUAAAACGGAAUUGAUUGCAUGAUUUGUUGCACUAGGAGUGCCAUUAACUGUGUUGCCAAAUCAAAGUGUCCUACAAAUCAUUUUUGAACAGCUCGGUUAGGAUAGUGAAAUGAUUGAAAAGUGUGUGCCAGGAUCUGGAGAUUAAUGCUUCAACUUUAUUGUGAUUAUAGGUACUCGGUUAUUGGUGACUUUGUUCCCUAGGUUUUAGGAAC